GAAAAAUACCGCAAACAUACGGGAAUCAUGAAUUUCAUGAAUUUCCUCGUUUCCCCCCACUUGCGGCCGUCGUCUUCUUCGCUGCGACGUCUUUUCUUGUCUUCCUCUUCCUCUUCCUUCUCUCCAUCCUUCUCUCCCUGCUUUCAUCCCUCGCAUUCUCAUCUUCGUCCCUCCCACUCCGUCACCAUGUCCGACAUCACUCACCCUACCAUCAAGGAUGGCUGGUUCUCGGAGCAGUCCGAGAUGUGGCCCGGCCAGGCCAUGAACCUCAAGGUCAACCAGAUCCUGCACCACGAGAAGUCCAAGUACCAGGAUGUCCUGGUCUUCGAGAGCAGCGACUACGGUACCGUCCUCGUUCUGGACAACGUCAUCCAGUGCACCGAGCGCGAUGAGUUCUCCUACCAGGAGAUGAUCACCCACCUGGCCAUGAACGCUCACCCCAACCCCAAGAAGGUCCUGGUCAUUGGUGGUGGAGAUGGCGGUGUCCUCCGUGAGGUCGUCAAGCACGAGACCGUCGAGGAGGCUAUCCUUUGCGACAUCGACGAGGCCGUCAUCCGUGUCUCCAAGAAGUACCUCCCCGGCAUGAGCAUCGGCUUCCAGCACCCCAACGUCAAGGUCCACGUUGGCGAUGGCUUCGAGUUCCUGAAGAACCGCCUGAACGAGUUCGACGUCAUCAUCACCGACAGCUCCGACCCCGAGGGUCCCGCCGAGAGCCUCUUCCAGAAGCCCUACUUCGAGCUCCUCCGCGAUGCUCUGCGUGACGGAGGUGUCAUCACCACACAAGCCGAAAACCAAUGGCUGCACCUCUCCCUGAUCUCCAACCUCCGCAAAGCCUGCAAGGAGGUCUUCCCCGUCGCCGAAUACGCCUACACCACCAUCCCCACCUACCCCUCCGGCCAGAUCGGCUUCAUGGUCUGCUGCAAGGACGCCAACCGCAACGUGCGCGAGCCCUCUCGCACCUGGUCUCGCGAGGAGGAGGAGCGUCUCUGCCGCUACUACAACCAGGAUAUCCACCGCGCCAGCUUCGUGCUGCCCAACUUUGCCCGCAAGGCUCUGAACAACUAGAUUGUUCGUAUUUAAUUUUUCUUUUCUAUGAUUUAGAAAUACUUAUGACUACCCCAACUUUUUUUUUUCUCUCUCUGUCUUCUGCUCUUCGCUUCUGGAUCUCGAUCUCCAAUGUUUUUCUUUCCAACUUUUGAUAUCUUGGGAGGGAAGACUCGUAUUUCCUAGUUAGAGGCGCCAAUGAGGGGGGGCUGAUAAUCCGUGAUGAUUUCACGAUGGCGAUAUGACUAAAUAUAACGGUGGCCAUUGUUCU